AUGUUGUUAAAAAAAAUGAAUAAUAUGAUUCAUAUACAUAGAUAUUAUGGCAUGAAAUAUUUGAGUAGAAAUAUAUAUUAUUUAUUUUGGAAACAAAAUGAUAUAAUAUACUUAAAAAAUAGUAGAAAAUAUAGUAAAAUAAUAAACGAAAAUGAUAAUAUUAAAAAUACAUCUCACAUACCAGUAAUGGUUAAUGAAGUAUUACAUUAUUUAGAACCAUCACCAGGAAAAAUUUUUGUGGAUAUGACAUUUGGUGCUGGUGGACACUCUAUGAAAAUUUUAGAAUCCUCACCUAAUAUAAAAAUAUUUGCAUUGGAUAGAGAUCCUAUUGCACAUCAAUAUGCAUUAAAAUUAUCAGAAAAAUAUCCUGAACAAAUAAUACCACUAUUAGGAAGAUUUUCUGAAUUACCACAGCUGCUUUGUAAAUAUAAGGUAAAUGUAAAUAGCAUAGAUGGUUUUUUAUUUGAUUUUGGUUGUUCAUCUAUGCAACUUGAUGUUGGUGAAAGAGGAUUUUCUUUGUCAGAAGAUGGACCUUUGGAUAUGAGAAUGGAUGGAUUCAGAUAUCCACAAGAACCUACAGCAGCUGAAGUUUUAAAAGAAAUAACAGAAGAAGAUUUAGCUUUUAUUUUAAAAAUUUAUGGUAAUGAAAAACACGCUAAAAAAAUUGCACGUGCCAUUAUAGAAACUCGAUAUACUUUUAGAAAUUUAAAAACUACACAAGAAUUAGCUCAGCUUGUUGAAUCUGUGAUUUCAGAAAAAAGAUUUGAUCAACUUGGUAGAUCUACUCAUUGUGCAACAAAAACAUUUCAAGCAUUAAGAAUUUUUGUAAAUAAUGAAUUAAAUGAGAUUAAUUAUGGUAUUGUUAUUGCUGGAUUUUAUUUAAAAACCAAUGGUCGUUUAGUAACAAUAUCUUUUCAUUCUCUGGAAGAUACUAUUGUUAAAAGACAUAUGUCUGCAAAUAUAACAGAAACUGUAGCUAAUAAAAUACCAUUAAAAUUUUCAGACUAUGGCAAACAAUAUACUCUAACUGAAAUGAAAGCUUUUAAUCGAAUUCCAUGGAAAAUGUUACAUAAACAUGUAAUAACACCUACACAAGAAGAAAUAAAUAGAAAUCCAAGAUCACGUUCUGCAAAAUUACGAGCAAUUACUAAAGUAAUUUAAUUAUUAAUCAAAUUAUUAAUCAAAUUAUCAAAGUUUAUAAAUAUAAAAUAUAAACAUUUUUUAUUUCAAACAUUUUUUUUUAAUUCUAAUUUUUAAUAUGAAACAAUAUUUAUUAUAUCUGAAGGUAUGUGUCUCCAUAUAUAUAUAUAUAUAUGUACAUUUAUUACAUAUAGAAGGAAAUUAAAAUUAUUAUAAUGAUUAAUACUAUGUAAUUUAAAUGUAGAUAACAUAGUAUUAUAAAUAUUUAUAACAUUUGAUGUUUAAUAUAUUCAAAAUAAGCCUUCUA